AUGUCUUCCAACGCUCGUGACGCACCGGCGACGGACCCCAAGGUGUACGACGAGUAUAUCGACAAGUGGCAGCAGCAGCCUACCGAUUUAGCUGGAUGGCUGCAGCGCGCCAAAGAUGUCGCGAAAGUGCUAGACACUGAUGCGGGCAUCAGAGAGCGCGAGAACAAAUCGCCGAGAGCGGAAAUCGCACUGCUCAAGCACUCAGGUCUGCUCAAGGUGCUUGGGCAGCCCAAGUACGGCGGUGGCGGCCAGCCGUGGUCUGUCGGCUACAAGGUUAUUCAAGAAGUUGCCAAAGGUGAUGGGUCCAUUGGCAUGCUGCUUGGGUACCAUCUGCUAUGGUCCACGACAGCGCGUGUUGUCGGCUCGGACGAGCAGGUUGAGCGCACAGAGGAGCUCAUCAUCAAAAACAACUACUUUGUCGGCGGCGCCGUGAAUCCGCGCGAUAGCGACUUGAAGAUUACCAACGACGGCGACCAUAUUGUCUUUAAUGGAUUCAAAUUCUUCAACACUGGUGGAGUCAUUUCGGACCUGACUGUCUUGGAAGGCGUGUAUGAAGACACGUCGGACCACAUUUUUGCCAUUGUCAAGACAGACCAGUCAGGAAUUCAGUUUGGGCAUGACUGGAACAAUAUUGGUCUGCGUCUGACAGAGUCGGGCAGUGUCAAAAUUGAGAAUGUCAAGGCGCCGUGGGCGGAUGCUCUAGGCUGGGACGCAGCGGCCAAGAAGCCAGAUCCGGCUGUGCUGGGUAUUGCUUUUGGUUCGCUUCUGCUACCAACCAACUUUUACCUCGGCAUUGCCUGGGGCGCGUUGAACACGGCAACGGCCUACACAAAUUCGUCGACUCGAGCAUGGCCAUUUGGCGGUGAUAACAAGGAAAAGCCGCAAGACGAAUUUUACAUCCUCUCUACCUAUGGCAAUUUCCUAGCUCAUCUACGGGCAGCAACCGCCCUUGCCGAGAAAGCUGGCCAGGAGGUUGACGCCGUCUACGAGGGCACUCAGAAGAGUGUCCAAGAUCGUGCCAAGGUGACAGCGCAAGCUCGUGGCGAGGUUGCGGAAUGGAUAGCCAGCGUCAAAGUGGUCUCGACCGACGUAGGCCUGCGCGUGACGUCAGGUGUCUUUGAGCUGACUGGUUCCAAGGCGACGGCGACCAAGGUCGGUCUGGAUAGGUUCUGGCGCGAUAUUCGGACGCAUACGCUGCACGACCCGGUGGCUUAUAAAAACAGAGAGCUGGGCAGAUAUCAGCUGCUGCAAGAAUUUCCGGAGCCGACGUGGUACACGUAA